GCCGGGUUCUCUCAGCCGCGGGAUCUGAAGAAACGCAGACCCAGCAGCCGGUAGGAAGCGACACCCCCGGGAUCGGGGCGGGAGAAGUAGGGCGCUGACGGCACCUAAAAGCGCGAAGCUGCUGCACGUCUUCGCCCGAAGUACGGGGCGGCGUGUCACGCGUGGGCUUCCGUAGGGGCCCGGCUCGCUCGUCCUGCCGCAGGGAGGCGGUGCUGGCGGUGGGGCUGGGACCGGUGUGCGGUGUGCGGUGUGCGGUGCGGCUUGUUCCCGCGGCCUAGGGGAAGAGGCGGGAGGACCCGGAGCCGGCGGGAGCUGAGGACGCGCGUCCACUGCCGCAGAUGCUGAGCGCGCCGCUGGGCCGGCGUCUCGCCCCCAUGGCCACCCGCGCGUGCGUGUCGCGGGCCGGAGCUGCGGGCCCGGCCGCGGCGGGCUCGGUGGAGGCCACGAUUCGCGCGAAGUUGGAGCAAGCCCUGAGUCCCGAGGUCCUGGAGCUGCGCAACGAGAGCGGCGGCCACGCCGUCCCGCCGGGCAGCGAGACGCAUUUCCGCGUGGCCGUGGUGAGCGCUCGUUUCGAAGGACUGAGCCCGCUGCAACGACACCGGCUGGUCCACGAGGCGCUGGCCGAGGAGCUGGCCGGGCCGGUACACGCGCUGGCCAUCCAGGCGCGGACCCCCGCCCAGUGGCGGGAGAACCCCCAGUUGGACACUAGUCCCCCCUGUCUGGGUGGAAGCAAGAAAACUCGAGGAACCCCCUGACCUUCUCUCCACUCCCUCACCACCGCUCCCCAGAGCAGGGGAGAUCCUGACCCAGAUGAGAAUAAACUGCUAUACCACUUCUAGUA